AUGGAGGCAGCUCCAGUAGCCGCAGCAGCACCUGCAGCAGCAGCAGUAAAACCUGCUGCAGCAGCAGAAGCAGCACCUGCCGUUGCCCCCGCUGCAGCAGCGUCGCCGCCGGCAGCAGCAGCAGCAGCAGCAGCAGCACCAGCAGCAGCAGCAGCAGCUUCCCCGGCCCAGAAGUCUGAAACUGUCUCAGCAGACAGCAAAAACUCAGAGGCUGUGGUUUCUGGAUUUGACCAAGAAUGGGCGGAGCUACAAAAGCUGCAAGAUCUGCAGGAGGACGCCGAGUUCGGGUCGCUGCUGCAGCCUGGAGAGGGGCCAGCAGCAGACA